UUGAUUGCAGACUUACGCAGAUCUCUGAUUAAACAGGUAAACAAGCAUGGGCGCUUACAAGUACAUCCAAGAGCUAUGGAGGAAGAAGCAGUCAGACGUGAUGCGUUUCCUUUUGCGCGUCCGCUGUUGGCAGUACCGCCAGUUGUCUGCCCUGCAUCGAGCUCCCAGACCUACCCGGCCAGACAGAGCCCGCAGGCUGGGAUACAAAGCCAAGCAAGGUUACGUGAUUUACCGUAUUCGUGUUCGUCGUGGCGGUCGUAAACGCCCAGUCCCAAAGGGUGCAACAUAUGGUAAACCUGUGCAUCAUGGUGUUAAUCAGCUGAAGUUUGCCCGUAGCCUGCAGUCUGUAGCAGAGGAACGGGCUGGCCGCCACUGUGGAGCUCUGAGAGUAUUGAACUCCUACUGGGUGGGUGAAGAUUCCACCUAUAAAUUCUUUGAGGUUAUCCUGAUUGAUCCAUUCCAUAAGGCCAUCAGACGCAACCCUGAUACCCAAUGGAUCACCAAACCAGUCCACAAACACAGAGAGAUGCGUGGGCUGACAUCAGCUGGCAGGAAGAGUCGUGGUCUUGGCAAGGGCCACAAAUUCCAUCACACUAUUGGUGGCUCUCGCCGUGCUGCCUGGAGAAGACGCAAUACCCUGCAGCUCCACCGUUAUCGUUAAUCUUUGCACUUGUAAAUUUCACAAUGUAAUAAAGCCCAUGAAAAGGGAUUUUGAAUAAAGCCCGUGAGAGAGGA